AUUCGCAGGACAUCGUGAUGGUAUUACCUACAUUGAUGGUCAUGGUGACGAUAGAUAUAUUUUAACGAAUUCGAAAGAUCAAACCAUAAAACUUUGGGAUUUGCGCAAAAUGUCAUCACGAAAAGCUGAAAAAGAAACAAUCAAAGCAGUCCGAAACCAACGAUGGGAUUACAGGUUUCAGUGUGUACCAAAAGAUUUAACUUUUGCAGAUCCACUGGAAGGUGAUGGAUCAAUCCUGACACUUCGAGGACAUUCGUUGCAACAUACUCUCAUACGAGCGAAAUUUUCACCGGAAAGAACUGGACGCCGUUAUGUUUAUACGGGCAGUAGCCGUGGAAAUGUAUAUAGUAAGUUGCUUUCAACUGUCUACGUAUCAAAGUCAAAAUCGAGUCCCCGUUUAUUCUGUGUAACAGGCGUAGGCACCAGGAAGUAGCC